AUGCAGGCUCGACCUGGUGACGGCCCGGGAGGAGUUGGUGCGUGUUUCGUCGGUGGGCUUCUGGCCAUGCCCGUGCCGUCAUCCCGGGUGUCGUACCGUUAUAGUGGUCAACGGCCCUGUCCUUCUGAGCAGACGCGCAACACCACUCAGACCGACAAUGCGGCGGCGGCGGAGGAGGAGGAGGACGAGGAGGAGGGGGAGGAGGGGGAGGGGGAGGAGGAGAACUCGGAGGGUAGCGGUGACGAUAGUGAGCCGGGGUGGACACCCGAGACUCAUGGCGGUGGUGGUGCGGACGGGGAAGGAGAUGAGGAUGAGGAGAUGGAAGGGUUGGAGCCAGAGGGGGUAGAGGAGGGGGUUGCUGCCGGGCGAGACGUUCCCGAGGGGGGGCUAAGUGGGAGUGCCGGACGGCUACGUAUACUAUUGGCCGCCUGCAGAAAAGUGGCCAAACAUCAGGGACUAACCCUGUGCAACCAACACUGCGGGGACAAGAACUUCAUGCCGUCGCGAUGGACGGUGGCACGCGACACUGUGGCGUUUGCGGCGGCCGCUCUGUCGGCGGCCAAGGCGGAGCUGCAGGGGAAGGAGGGGGAGUUGGGGUGCAAGGUGUCAAUGACCAUUGACAUCUGGACUGCACCCAAUGGGAAGGCGUGGCUAGUAGUGACUGGUAACCAGAUAGACGAAUCUUUCCAGCUGCGCGAGGCAGUGCUCGAGUUUCGCGAACUGACUGGUCGUCAUGGAGCAGUGCAGAUCGCACAGGUCGUGGAGGACACGGUGGUGAAGUGGGGGUUGGAGAGGCGUUGUAUGGGCCUCACCUCAGACAACGCCUGGGCCAACAUUGCCGCGUUUCGGAGGCUGUCGGAGGAGGGUGGUGAGGAGGAGGAGGAGGAGGAGGAGGAGGAGGAGGAGGAGGAGGAGGAGGAGGAGGAGGAGGAGGAGGAGGAGGAGUUGGGGGAUGAGGUGGAGGUGGAGAAGGCGCCUGAGGUGGAAGUGGCGGAGGAGGCGGGUAAGGGGAGAGGGGUGGACGCAGCAGCGGGUGGAGGAGAGGGUGUUGUUGGUAGCGAGGGUGGGUCAGGGAUGUAG